GUGGUCUCGGGGCCUCUGACAACCUCGGGCCGAGACGGAGGGAUGUUCCCUGCUCAGGAGGAAGCAGACAGGACGGUGUUUGUAGGAAACUUAGAGGCCCGAGUGCGGGAAGAGAUUCUGUACGAGCUGUUCCUUCAGGCUGGGCCAUUAACCAAAGUAACUAUAUGCAAGGACAGAGAAGGAAAGCCAAAGUCUUUUGGAUUUGUCUGCUUUAAGCACCCAGAAUCGGUGUCUUAUGCCAUAGCUUUGCUGAAUGGAAUUCGUUUAUAUGGAAGACCAAUUAAUGUGCAGUAUCGAUUUGGGAGUUCUCGCUCUUGUGAACCAGCUAACCAAAGUUUUGAAAGCUGUGUUAAGAUAAAUUCACACAAUUACAGAAAUGAAGAAGCUGUGGGCAGAUCUUCCUUUCCCAUGCAGUUCUUUCCAGUUAAUAAUGCAGCUUUACCUCAAGAAUAUUCUUUUUUUCAGAAGAUGCAGUGGCAUGCAUAUAAUCCAGCAUUGCAACUCCCUUACUAUGAGAUGACAGCACCACUUCCUAACAGCACAUCAGUGCCUUCCUCCUUGAGUCAUGUUGCAGAUCUAGAGGCUGGACCCAGCUCUUAUGAAUGGCCUCACCAACAACCAAGUGACUCAGACCUUUAUCAGACGAAUAAACGAAAGAGGCAAAAACAAACUAGUGAUAGUGACAGCAGCACAGAAAACAGUAGAGGAAAUGAAUAUAGCCAGAAGUUCCGCAAGUGCAAGAAAAAAAGAUAUUAGUAUUUACCUUCAAAUGAAAUGGAUCUACACUGGUCUUACUUCCCUUAAAAGAAGAAAAAAUCUAUAUUCCACUAAAUGACCAAUUUCAUGAAAUAUAUAAUAAUAUGACAUCUGAUUUGCUAUUCAGUUUUUGUCUUGAAUGACAAAAACUUAGAAAUAAUAUAACAUGCUUUUUGUAUUUGUAAUGGUGGUGUUAACAAGAAGUACACUUUGAAUUGUUGUAUUUUUGUAUCGAUGAUGAACUUGCUCUACACUAUUAAUGAAAAGUCUCUUUUACUGAGCACUUAGGGACAGGCACCAUGCUCUCCUCGAUUGUCGAUUGUCGCCUGUAACCCUCAGCUGUAAAUAAGCUGAGAUUAGAGGUGGAGUGGUGAAUUUUCUGAAUGAAACUAAAGCAGAUAUUUAAGAGUUGCAUGUUUUUUCUAACAAAGACUGGGUAAGCAGGGUUGUUUCCCUUAUUACUAAUAUUUAUUUUUUAUGUCUAAAUAUGUUGUCUCUGAGACUUCUUCUCAUAUAGAUUUGUUUCAUAAAACAAGGAUGUAUGACAGUGAUUCCAAAGGGAGGGUGAUUAUCACGUGGCUAGUUUUUGUUUCCUUCUUCUUUCAUAUGAUUGUAUAUAAAUAGAAAUGCCUGUCUCUUUGCUUCCCACUUACUAAUUGUAUUUUAUGAAAAUUAUUUGGCUUUGUCGGUAUUUAUCCACCUCUUUUGCCAACUGGGUUUGAGAGGGUUUAUUUGGCACAUUUAGAUCUUGAUAAUGAAUAGCAAAUAGAGUGAUAUUUUAUUAAUAUAUGAUAUUUAAUGUUUAUCAUCUACUCAAGUUUCCUAUUUCUGGAUUAUUGAUUUUCAGAAGGUAAAAUUUAUGGUUUAUUUGGACAUUUUUAUUAACUUUGUAACUCAUCAUAAACUAGAAUGAUGAAAAUACUUAUUAAAGCUAAUUGAAAGGAACACACAGCUCCAUGGGAGUUAACCACCCAUUUCAAUAGGAAAAGCCAUGCUUUGAUAUUUCUUUUGUGUGUUGCAUA